AUGUACUUUCUUGCAUGCAUCUACAUCAGUAGGAAUCGUGGAUUCUGGGGUUUCUUUGAUCGCCCAGUGAGAAAGUCUGCUCCAAACUUAUUGGCAUGUGAACAUAUUGAGAGAUCAAGAGAAAACGCUGAUAGCUUGGAUUUCGAACCGAAUUGGAUCUAUCAGUUUGAACUUCUAAGGAAUGAAAUGAUAGAGCUGGAGAAGCGGGUCCAAAGAAGUACAGAUGAGUCGGUAAAUGAAGAGGGAAGUUCUGGGGAUCCUUCUACAUCAGGCAGUAGCACGAAAGGUGUGGAGUUUGUUCAGAGCUCAAAGAAAGAAAACGUCACUGACAAAAACACUCCAUCAAAUCAAAGAAACAAACACAGUAUGAAAGACGUGUGGCAAGGUCUUCAGCGUCUUGGAUCUGAUUCAGUUACUGCUAUCGAGCUACUUCGGAGGUUACACCAGUUUGCCAUACGGAUAUUGACGUAUGCUCAGUACUACGGUGAGAUCGCUAUUGGUACUCCACCACAAAAGUUCACCGUGGUGUUUGACACUGGGAGCUCUAACCUCUGUGUGCCAUCAUCAGAAUGCUAUUUCUCGAUUGCAUGUCUCUUCCAUUCCAGAUACAAGUCCUCGCGUUCAAGCACAUAUGAGAAGAAUGCCAUGCCGUUUUUUGUGGUUUUGUGUUCUGAAAGUGUGGACCAGCUAAGAUUGUUUGAAGGAACUCUCCACGUGAUUGAGAAUCUGGCUUGA